AUGACCAGUCAAGAUGAGCUUUCAACUUAUUUGCCUGGUAACCAGGACGAAAAUAAACACCAUCGCAAUAUUGCUCAGCUCUAUAGUCAACUUCAGACAGCUAUUGACCAAGCACAGAGAACAACACGCAACAAACCUGGUCGCAUCACUCCUCACCCACUACAACCCUCUGACACAAGGUCCUCCACCUCCUCUGACCCUUACAGUCUCUGCAGCUCAGAUAGUCCCAUUACACCCAAGCACCCCGAAAUCAUCAUAUGCGCAUGCCAGCAAUUGAUUGUCUCGGAAGACUCGGACCAUUGUGGUCUAUGUGACCAACCCUUGCCGUCAUGCAUCAAUCAGGCACGUCAGGAACGUCAAGCACACAAACUUGCAAUCGAGGAUUGCAAAUCUCAGUUGCUCAUUCUCAACACCAGAAAAGACAGUCUAGAAACCGAGCUGACAAAUCUCAGAGAAUGUCACGAAACAAAACAAGACGCCCUGGUGAGCUGCAUAGACCAGAUGCACUCCCUUCGCCACGACCUCAAGGUAGUCGAGCAGAAAUACCAGGCAGAGGUAUCAAAAAUCGAGACCAUCAAACAGGCUACCAAAGGCGUCCAGCUCGAGAUGGAAGACCUGACCGAGCGCCUGUUUGAGGAAGUCCACAACAUGAUGCAAAUCGAACAAGCAGAAAAAAAACUUCUCCAGGUUUCACACGAUGCACUGGAAGACCAGCUCAAAGAAACCCAGAAUGCUCUGGAGCUAGUGACGGAUGAACUCGAGACCGUACGUCAGGCGAUGACGUUGGUGGGCGAUCAGGUAGCCAGCAACACCGAGAAUCUGCGAGUCUACACACACGACACAUCCGCAUUUGCAUUAUCUUCAAUGGCCCGGGCUCAUCACGACCUAGCCGAGCUUCACAACCUAGAACUCUACACGGAGAUGCAGGACUUUAAGGACACUAGUCUGGUAGACGAAUUUGGCCGUUUUAUGGGUGUACUUGGCACAAUUUCGCUCCGCCGACUCUACGCCGACCCAUUUAUGAAGCACUGUCUGCGGGAAGACAUUGAGCCCUGUCUGCGCUUUGGAAAUCAGCCUCGUGUGACGAGUAAGAAGAUCAUUGAAGCCAUUCAGGUCAAGACAUGCUUUGUCGAAGUUUGUCCAAAGGGAUUUGCCAAUUCCCAAGCCAGCAUGGAAGCUACAAACGGUGGUUCCUAUGGCACGCGACCACAGCCGGUUUCUUCAAUGUCUACCACAACCCGACUGUGGAGUCGAUUCUCGUCGAGUAACACAGCAACGCCGAGCUUUUCUGGAUGCGGAGCGUGUGGGCGGCAUGUACCUAAAGACGAGCGUGAGGCGGUGUUGAAGUAUCGCUUUCGAAUCUCUUAUUUCGACCCAUGGACCUGUAUCGAUCGCUAUUGCCGCGACAGGUUGAUGUCUGUGAUUGAGUUCUUUUUGUUUAUCCGAGCGAUCCGCAUGGGUUCUUACAGACAAAGACCUGUGGAAGCCAUAUAUGAAGAAUGCAUGCGAUUAAAGCUGCAGAUGUUUCUAGCAAGAAUGGGUUCUUUGGCACCUACUUUGCAAGAAAUUGGAUUGGAUUCUUCAUCGGUUGGUAAAGCGUCGGUUGGUCUACCUCCAGAUACUCACAGCUUUUUGGACGAUGGUCGUUCAUCUACCUCGGCCGACUCUAUAGCCACCACAGUCUAUAGUAUGGCGUAA